AUGUGCCUUGAGUCGUUGGUGUCUUAAACCAUUCAAUGAUUGCUCUAAGAUCUUUCAUUGAAUGAUUUGCUUUUUCUUUAGCGCAAAAUCUGCGAAAAAUGCACGAAUAAACCGUCAAUUCAAAAAAAUGUUAAACGAAGCAAUCAAAGCAAGAUCAUAAACACGCAGCUCGGAAAAUGAAAACACGAAAAUGUAAACAAAGUUUCCCAACAAAUUCUGCACCACUGAACUUUUACCGUAUUAUACUGUGAUAAUCUCGUUCGUUUUAAGCAUUUACACCUACGCUUUUUACACAAUCACUGCCCUUGUAUUCUUACAAACGAAACCGUGGUAAGCGAACGAUCCUCCACCUGGAGCGCCGCUCCGAACACCCGCGUUUCGCUUCCGCUGAUUUCCUUAUCGAUGGCAUCUGGCCUAAAAGUGCAAACCAAGAAACGAGUUUCAUACGGAAAAGAUGUCAGCAUUUACGCUUACGCCAAUAGUCCAAAAUGUAGUAACAGGGCUUCGAAAGCCCUCACAAAACUGGAUGCAGCCGAGAAUAGUGCGGUGGUGGAAUCGUUACCGGACGAUGCCGACACCGAUGAGCAGCUAAUGAUGCGACCCGGUAGACGAAAGAGGCGACCGGUGGAAGAUGAGGCAUCGUACAACGAUUAUCACAUCAACCUGUGGUUCCACAUCUCGGAGUAUAUCCGACCCGAGGAUGUAUGUCGAUUUGCGUGCAUCUGUCGCAAGACGGCCGAAGUAGUUCAGAGUGGUCGGUUCUGGAGUCAGCUGUAUCGUUCGUACUACGAUGCGGCAAUCGAGAUGCCGGAACGUUUCCAGCCGGCAAGCAUGGUCCGGAGGCGAGGACUUCGAGCGGCAGUCAUCCGAGCCCUGUACUACCUCUACUCACCGUUCAUCGAACUGCUAACGAGGAUGCCCCAUCAAAACCCGUACCGUGUGAUCGGUCGGCAGCUCCUGUCCGGUUGGCGUAAACCGACCAAAAACGCUUGGACUUACUGUUUCAAGCUGAAAGCGCGACAGCGCCCAGGAAGCCGUCCAGCGCUGUCGGCCGAGUUGCAGAGGGAGAAAAGCUCGAUCGCUUUCAUGCAGGACAUCUAUAUGAAUCCGGAGGAGGGCUGCCAGAUAUUGCUGAUCACUACCAACUACAUGAAGGUGCUGCCCAUGUACGGGGACACGCUUUUCGUGAAAAACCUUACCCAAACGCUCUCGCAGGGCAUGAUGCGGUACAAGGUGCGCCUCGAGCUAGCCAACUAUUGCGGUAAAUCGGUGGACGAGCUAGUGUUCGAUCCGGCUCGGGACAUAACAGUACUGGAUUGGUGGAAUCCGGCGUAUUACGAAGAGUUGGCCUGGACCAUGCCAACGGCCGAUCCCGUGCAGGAGCUGAGCGAGGAUCUGGAUUGGAUCAGUUUGGAUAAUAACGUGCACGCGGUAUAAUCUUACCUGUGAGAAAUGUGAUUUUAAGUUUCAGAAGAAUUAAACGGGGUUUACGUUGCAACCAAGU